AUGAGCGGGCAAAUUCAGCGUUACAUAGAAGGGUGCCCCACCUGUGCCAACAAGCACAAUGAAAAGAGGAUCCGGGAUGACGCAGUAAUAAUAGAAGCUGCCAAACUCCCGUUUAAAAUCAUAAAUGUUGACAAGUUUACAUACGAGGGUAGAAACUUCUUAUUAUUAGAAGACAGCCUCACCAGAUACGUAUGGGUAACACCGUUAAAAACCGAGGAAGUGUACACUGCUAUGUACCAAUUCCUUCCCGCCAAUCCAACACCAGCAAAAAACAUCACCGACAACGAACCAACAUUUCAGAGCAAAAAGUUAGAGGUACUAUUCAGAUACCUUGGCAUACAACAGAUCAAAAUAUCGGCCAAUCAUCCAGAAAGCAACGGCAUAGAAGAAAGUGUAAUAAAAACAUUUAAAAGACUCACAUACACCGUAGAUGACAACGAUCCCACCACCAAACUCUUCAGAGCGAUUCACCUGGCACAAGGAACGUACGACAUACAUCCGCUGGACGAUUCGGUCGUCAAGGAGGAACUUUACAAAGCACGCAUCUAUUAA